AUGGCCCCUUGCGCGUGCCUCGGCUUUGUCUCGAACGCGGAGGAGGCGGCGGACCCGUGUGUCUUCAACGGCAAUGGGACGGGGCGCCCGGCGCGCGCGCUGACGCACGGACGCUGCGUCUGGUGUUGCUCGGAGGAGAUGGCUCGGCGCUCGGCGAGCCCGAAGCUUGAGAAGUUUCUCAUCUACACGCUCGUCAAUUUCAAGAGCGCGAACGAGGAAGUCUUCAAGAAGGCGACGGGGCGGUUGCCGGAGGACCGUCGGGCGGACAUUUUAGCGGAGGUCGCCGCGCGGCUGGAGCCCGAAGAAGAAGAGGACGUGGAAAUGGAGCCGGCGGAGAAGGGGGCCGACGGCGAGAGCGAGGAAAACGACGCGGAGGCGCCAGACUUUGCGGGGCUCGGAAUCCUCCCCGACGAACCGAGCGACGCGGGCGAGGGCGAGGAGGCCAGGCUGAAUAUCGACGCGGUCGACGGCGGCGAGGUGGACUUCGGCGACGCGCUGGACGAGGUCGAGUCGCCGUUCGAGUCUCUGAAGCCGGAGCGAGAGUGCCCCGGGCGAGACAGGGCAGCUUGCUCUUGGUCUACUUCGCAGCUCGAGCAGCCGGCGCGAACACAGCCAGCGCGCGGGCUGACCCAUUGCGUCUUCUGCGGCGACGCGCAGCUGGACAAGAUCCAGAACGGCUUCCAGCUGACCAAGACCCUCAAGGCGCUGCGCGAGCUUGACGACGCGAAGUACGAGGCGGCGCUGGAGAACCUGAAGAGCCGGAGGGGCGAGGCCUUUGCAGCGGACUUUGGGAGCCGCGUGGACUUGACCAUCUAUCGCGCUGUGGAGCGGCAGCAAGCGCCGCGCAAGAGUGUCCCGGAGCGCUGGAGCGACCUCCUACAACGCCGCGUGCGGGUUCAGGGGCCGCUAGACGGCGACGCCUUGGCAACCUAC